CCUGGUGGAGCCUUCGUCAUUCUCUUAUAAAAAUAUUAAAUGUUCGUAAAAUCAUGUAACGGAUUUGACUUCUAAAGACAAAGAAAAAAAGCAUCAUGUUCGAAGGAGCAGUGGCGGGUAUCCUGAACCGCCUGCUCGGGAAAUAUGUCCAGGAUCUGGACACAGAGAAUCUCAAUGUGGGCAUCUUCUCCGGGAACGUUAACUUGACUGAGUUGAAGUUGAAACCUGAAGCUCUGUAUGAACUAGACUUACCAAUCGAUGUGAAAAUCGGUACAAUCGGCCGCGUCAACCUACAAAUACCCUGGUCUGGUCUAUACACACAACCAGUAGUAGUUAAUAUUGAAGAUGUCCUCAUCUUGGUUGGUCCAGCAAUAUCCAACAGCUAUUUCGACCCAGAAAGAGAGAAACGUCUCACCAGAGCGGCAAAGAGAAAAAUACUACAGGACUUGGAAGCAGAAAGCGAAGUUCUGAAGGGACCUCAGAAUUUCUUUGAGAAUCUGUUCACGGCAAUCGUGAAUAAUCUACAGAUUUAUAUACGGAACGUUCAUGUGAGAUAUGAGGACUCUAUCAGUUCUAAGGAUGGACCACUCGCGUGUGGACUCUGUCUGCAGAGCUUGUCGAUUGAGACUACUAAUAGCAAAUGGAAGCCUUCCGUGACGCCAGCGAACGCAUCCACGGUAUACCAAAUGAUGCGGAUCGAAUCCCUAUCCCUGUACUGGAACCCUACAGCCACAGCAUUGGAUGAUGUGGAAAUAGCCAAUAUAACCCCCAUGCAGUAUUACAAUUGGAAGCAUUAUAUGCUGACUGGGCUGGAUAAGUUCUCGAUGCAUCAUGAGGAUUUCGAGUUUCUACUCAAACCAGUGACAUGUAAAGUCAAAGUACUCAUAAACCGCUCUGGCGAGGCGCGAGUGCCGCGACUCUUACUGGACGCAGUACUGCAAGACAGCGCACUGCAAUUGUCCAGACGACAGUACCUAUCUAUUGACAAUUUGCUCGCUUCCUUUAGGAGGAUUCAGCUUAACAGAAAACACCGUCACCUGCACCCCGGAAUACCCCUAUCAAAAGGUAUCAAAAAAUGGUGGAAAUAUGCCUACAACGUGGUAUUAGAACAAAGAGUACGCCCCUACACCUGGGCAGCCAUUAAAAAGCACAGAGAGAACUAUAAUAUCUACAAGAAGACUUAUAAGAGUCUAUUGCGGAGUCCUAAUGAUAUUGAGCUGAAGAUGGACUUGCAGAAGUGUGAAGAUAACUUGCCAAUUAUAUCAGUUGUGAUAGCGAGGGAACAGGCGAAGUUUGAGCUCUUAUCCCAAGAGCCAGAGAGUAUAGAUGUAGUGGAAACAGAAUUCGACUGGUGGAAAGUAGUAGGAUCAUCAGACGCUGAAAGCGAUUCAGACAAUGAAAAGUCUCGAGUGGAACUCUGCGUAAAAGCAGAGAGGAAUAAAACGCUUUGGAGCCAUUUAUCAAGCCCUGAGAAGAAGAAGGUCUGUGAGCUUAUAGGGUAUGUGGAAGGGGCUCCAAGACAGGAUAAAUCUAAGCAGUAUAUUGAACACAAACUAAACCUGACUCUGGCGAACUGUUCUCUCACAUUAAUCAAUAGAAGUAAAGAGGUGCUGGUGGUGACGUUGACACAGUUCCUGGCUUCGCUUGAAACCAGACCCUCAGCUAAAGCGUAUAAGCUAUCGCUCCGAGCAGACAACCUGGUGGUGGAAGGUGUCUCCUCCGACGGUGAACUGGUCCACAUGCUGAUAACAGCCAGAGAGUCUUCCAUGGGAACAGCUCUGGCUGUGGAUGUGGAACGGAAUCCGAUAAAUAGUCACGCAGACCUUGGUAUUACUUGGUUGAUGGAGCCCGUGGAAUUGGUGUAUGUAGAGCACGGCAUAACAGAAUUAAUAAACUUUUUCCAAACGCACUCGAUGAGUUCCCGCGAGCUUCUAGAAGAAGUUUCCUCAGCUUUAGAACAGGCUGGGAACAUCAGCAAGUCUGUGCUGGCGUAUGCAGUUAGUAGAAAGAAGGUUUUUAACUUGAAUGUGGACUUCAAGGGACCGACUGUGCUGGUGCCUGAACAUGGGUGUAUGCACAAGCCCGGUAGACUCAUAGUAAUUGACGUGAACCGUAUAAUAAUAAAAACGGACUUACAACCCUCUAACUUGGUGUUAGAAGACGCGACAUGUAUGGAGUUGGAGGAGAAACUGUAUGAUCGCUUCCAUGCGGAGUGCUCUUUUCAGAUUCUAUUCUGCGAUUGGAACGAGCCAUGGCGGGAGUCCAGGAAACUUGGUGAUUCUGAACAUCACCUUGUUCCUCGCGUGAAGAGUCAACUGGUAUUCUCCACGAGUAUCAGAAAGGAUUAUAAAUUAUUGCCCAGAUACAAACUAAACAUAUCCCUCUCCAGCCUGAAACUGAACAUCUCAGACCGUAUCAUAGGUCUUCUUUUGGAUUUCCUGGAUAACUUGCCCAUUCCCGUACCCAAUACUGUGCCAGUAUCAUUCAUGGACUCCGGAGACUAUACGGAAGACUGCAUGGACCCUGAGCUGGUGGAAACCCUGCAAAGGGACAGGAUAUUGGCAGAUCCAGGGUAUGGAGAUCUGGUCAAGUUGAGGAGGAAGAUCGUGGCCGCGUAUUUUAGCAGGAAUAGGGUACCCGACACCCAAGCAGACGGAGGUCCAACCCACUCCCCCACAGUAGAGUCCCUCCCACCCGCGGACCUCAGUGAUGAGGAUGUUGAAGAGUACGCGAGGUCCGUGGACCUCCCGGGCUUUGAUGAUAAUGUGUCGCCCAGUAAUAAUAUCGGGACGUUGCUGCGGUUUAUUAUUGGUGAAAUUGUUAUAAACCUAAACCGUUCGAGCGAACAAGUAGACAAACCCUACAUCAUGUUAAGUGUCACCAAGUUAUGUCUCGAUUUUGCUCUAAUGGCGUUCGGUCCAGCGAUACAGUUGUCAGUGGGUUCAGCGUUGCUCACUGAUAAACAGCAUCACAGCAAUAAUGGACAGUAUCUCGAAUUGCUGACCACUGAUGGGGAGUUAUUCAAUUUGCUGUAUAGAAAGGUCCGCGCGCACUGCCCCGAGUUCCGCUCGCACUUCCACGCGGUGGAGCAGGCGCUGGUGGCGGACGCGGGCCACGUGGCGCUGCUCGCGCACGCGCCCGCGCUGCACACGCUCGUGAAGUACAUCGCCUACUUGGCGGCCAAAGUACAACAGCGCCAUGCGCUUAACAUGAAAAGUAUGAUGCUGCCCAGAACAAAGAGAUUGUGGGAUUUGCUGAUGCAGCCAGAAGCUGACACACCGGUGCCUCCUGGAGCUACGAAAUUCAGUUAUUCUAUGCGGAUAUCAUCAGUAUCAAUCCGAGCCUGGCAAGCAGACGGCGCAGUGGAGUGGCGGGCGCGGUCACUAGACAGUGACUGUGUAUUUCGAGCUGAUGAUCGACUGGUGUUCAGGUUGUUCCUGGGGUCUCUUCAGUUGGACGAUCUCUCUGAUGCUACUUUGUAUCCUAAGCUAAUCUGGCCGGACGAGGAUAAAGUGCUAGAACUAAAGUACGUGCGGUCGGCGGGCGGGGUGCGGGCGCGGCCGCGCGCCGACCUGCGCGUGCACGUGGGCCGCCUGCACGUCGUGCUGUUCUGCUCGCUGCUAUAUAACCUGCAGCAAUUCUUGGAACUACUAGUUCCAAGUUCAGCGGCGACUGAAGCGGCAGUAGCGGCUGAGAGAGCGGCGCAAGAACAAGCUGCGGAGCUGCGAACAUCCGCGCUGAGAGUCAGUCUUGCUAUAGAGAUUCAUGCGCCGGUCUUGCUUCUACCUCAAAAGCCAUCGUCUCCAAAUCUAUUGGUAUUCAAUUUAGGUGACCUGAUGAUAGAGAACUUCUUCAAGACGGUGAACAUAAGUCAGGAGGCGAACAGUCCCAUACAGAGUCCCGUUAUUGAUAAUGUGUUGUUUAAGCUUGAUAAUAUUACACUAUCGAGAGCUGUGAUGACAUUGGCUGGUACUCUUGAAGUUCAGGAGCCCAUUUUAGAAUCGAUAUCUGUUCGAUGUGAUUUGAAACGUACAAUAGGAUACGCUCAAGUGGCGACUAUAGCCGCAUAUAGAGACUUAUUGCUUUGCGAAGCAGAUAUCGUGAUGGACACUGUUAAUAUAAACAUUGGCCAAAAGGACUUGGCCACUUUGUUCGCGGUUUGGACUGAUAACUUGAGCGAGGGAAAUUAUAUUGGUACUAUUGUACCAAGCUCUCCAGUAGAGUUAGCUCCAUCUGAUGUGCAAGUGAAGAAACUACAAGCCUUCUUUGCACAAGGGGAACCUAUAAGAAAGGAAUCUGUUAUAAGGUUUACUCUGGAAGGCGUGGAAUUGAAAUUAUUUUCAGAUCUAGAUGAAGUUUUAAGCUCACCUGUCCGGGAUUUGAACCAUGGACUCGCAAAAUUAACUACCGGCGAAAUGACAGUAGUGUUUGAUUAUUUCUCCGACAACAGUAUGGAAAUGAAGGCCAGCUUGCAGAGUCUGCUUAUUGAAGAUAUUCGUCCUGAUACCACUAUUGUUAUAAGAAGGAUAUUCCAGUCGCAAGGCGGUGGGUCGCGUUCAGCAGGCGGUAUCGCAGUAGUGCGGCCCGCAUUGCUCGAGCUGGCCCUGCGCCGCUCAGCUCGCGCCGCCAGCGCGGACGUGCGGCUCGAGCGCACGCGCCUCAACCUCGCGCCGCCCUUCCUCAUACACCUCGCGCGCACGCUGCUCAGCGCGCUGCCCGGUGACAAGACAAUGGACGGUGGUGUAGUGAACCACGGCUACGUGGGCGACGCACCGCACCGCACUAACAACAACCGCGCCGCAAGGUUCCCCAGCUCGAGUGAUUCUACUAGUGGAUACUUUUCUACCUCAACAUCAGUAUCAGAGGAAGUGCCAAGCCUGUCAAUAUCCAUCCAAUGCAGACAGCCCGAGAUUAUGUUCUUCACAGACCUCAACAAAACAGAGGGUCAUGCCUUGCUCUUGCGCACGGAACUCCUCGUAGAUUACUCUUUCCACUCCAACACUGAAACUCUCGUCAUAUCUCUUGCUGGUCUUCAAGUGAUGUCUAAACUACAGUCCAAGUUAAAGAAUCUUCCACCACAAUUAGUGUUGAAACCUUGUGAUGUGGAAUUCUCCAAGAGUUUCAAGAGUAUUGAAGAAGGGGUCAAAGUUAAAUUGUCGGUGUCGGAAAUCGAUAUGCACAUUGCAGCGACUACGAUACAUACUGUAAUGGAUAUAAUUGAAGAAGUAACAACCGAACUGGCAAUACCAGACGAGAAAGAGAUGUUCAACUUUUCUACUUACAACCCUCAAUCAGAGAAGCAUGAUGAGGAUCUCUGGGCACCAAAGAAGGUGGCUCCAUACUUACCGUUCCAUCAUGAAGAUACAUACCAGCCGAAGUUUUCACCAGGAAAACCGACAGAGACCUUGAAUGUGAUCGUGCCCAUUAUACGAGUUAUGUUUGAAAUCGAACAGACUGUGAGGAUACCAGUGCUGUUGGUAAAGCUUAGCACAGAGCUAACGCUGUACGACUGGUCGGGCGGGGCGCGCGGGCGGGGCGCGGCGCGGCUCGCGGCGAGCGCGUACAACGAGCGGCUCGACGUGUGGGAGCCGCUGCUCGAGCCUGUGCUCGAUGGAAACAGACAAGUGCCGUUCGAGAUUAGCGCUACCGUAUUCCAGGCAAAAUCUUAUCCAAUGUCAGCACGUCUAUCUACAAACGAACAAGAAGAGUCUAUGUCCGAUCACGUGCCUGAAACAAAGAAGUCUAAAAAGCGUAAAGAAUUCGAAUCUGAAACAUCAGCUGAUGAAGCUGAUACUGAUAAUGAAAUGACUUUCUUGAGAAAUCCUAAUGAGAAAGAGAGAAAAUAUAAUAUGGAUUUUGAGACAACUAGUAUGUCGUUCUUGAGAGCGCUUGAUGCGGAUGACUCGAAUUCUGAUAGUGAUGUUGAGAAGAGAGACAAAAUGUCGUAUGCUAUGGGUCAUUUGUUUAUAGAUAGUGAAUCAAGUGCCGAUGAAAUGAGCAAUGAUGAAGAUUCAUCAGCACCUGAACAGAGUGAUAAAGAGGAAGUAGAGGAGGAGGAGACACCGGAAACAUUCGCUGAUGCUGAUGAUAAAAAGGAAGAGAAAUCGGUUACUUUACAAGAGCCAGAAAGAGAAGACAGCGUAGAAUCAACACCUGAAGACAACCGUCUAUGCACCUACGUGGUUCUCGAAUCUCGUUCGUUACUAUCCUUCACUCUGGGCCCGGCAUCUGCGCGUGCGCUUCGGGCACUCGCGGACGCGGUUACGGAUAGAAAUGCUGUGGUCACGGCCAUUGUGACCGCAGAGAAUGGGCUGCAGCUAAUUAAUGAUAUUGGGCCUGGUUCAACAGUACAACUACGUGCGCGCAACGAAACAGACUUGCCUGGCAACGACCGCGUCAUAGCCACCGCUGAUUAUGACAUAGAUACUAGCAGACCUAGUACUCCUGGUUGCGAUACAUCUGGUGCCGACUUGCUGGAUGAAAUAGAAAAGGAAACCAAACAAGAGAUGACUGAUAUUAGUGAUGAAUGGGACUGUUUCGAGGGUGGGUUCGGGUCCAACGCGCAGUGCGGCACUCAGCGCGGGUCUCCCGGCGCGCCGCGCUCGCCUGCCGCAUUACAACGCCGCCUUACCGCGCACACGCUGCACAUACGGUUGCAGGGAUUCGAUCCACUCACCAUUCACUGUCCCCAACGUGCUGUAUCCAAACUACACGUAUUAAAUCCGAGUAAGAAUGGAACACGGUACUAUGUGGCAGUAGAGAGAACUGCUAAGUAUAAUGCGAAGAAAAUUGUCGUUAGAUCGCCUUUGCAGGUACGCAAUGAAACCUCAUACGCUGUGGAGCUGCUCUACCGCCAAUCCGAGUUAGAAGCGGCAGGUGCAGGGGUCACAGGGGUUGAAGUUGAUGGGGUUGCGGGGGUCACUUGUGUGGGGUCGGUGCGUAACCCCUUCUGUGGGUUGCUGCGUUUGGCCGUACUGGCGCCACACGAUACGUAUAAUGUGCCGCUCUACAUUGCCUAUCAUUGUAGACUCUACCUGCUGCCUACUAAUUUUGAGGGCUAUAAAACAAGUAUUCAAGGUAUAUGGUGGAUGGAUCUAGUGGGAGAUCUGGAGACACCGAGAGACAUCGUGUGUCCCGCUCUAGAAGAUAGUGAUCCUAGUGUGUUCGCUAUGCGGAUAUUACCUGUUGAAGGUUGCCAAUCGAACGCAAUAUCCCGUUCCAUACCCAACCUGCUAGUUCGGGUGCUAGCUCCCCUCGCGAUCCACAACCGCAUCCCUCACGCGCUCCAAGCACACGCCACGCUACACUCCCCCCCGGAACUGAUAUCGGGGCUCGGUGUCCCCGGGAAGGAACUCAGUGUGAGACUGGAGGCAGGUGAAAGGGCGCAUUUGUACACGCUGCCCCCGGGGAAACAGAUCAAGUUCACGCUAGAUGUGCACUACUUGGGGUUGCCGUGGACUGGACGGUUCACGUAUUCACCAGAGAUGAGCGAGUGCACAGUGAGCAUGCGCACGGAAUGCGAGACGGAGGGCGGCAACAAGCGGCUGGCGGUGCGCGCGCGGCUGGAGCGCGGGCCCACCGCGCGCCUGCUGCUCUACGCGCCCUACUGGCUCGUGAACAAGACCGCGCUGCCGCUGCAGAUCAAGGGCAGAUCAGACGUGUGCUAUGAAGCGAGCGAGGAGCCGCUACUAUGGACGGGCGGGGGUCGUCGCGCGGGGGUGUUGGGGGUUGUGGGGUCGGGGGUGAUGGGGGUUGCACGGGGGGAGCGGGUGCGGGUUCGGGCGCAUCAGUCGGGCUGGUCCCGGGCUGCUCCUCUUGCUGCUGCAGCACCGGGGUUGUUAGUGUGUGCGCAUACUGAGAGAAAGAUCAACUAUCGGAUACUGUUGCAGGUCACCCUAUCCGAACUAUCGCCACAACUGACAAAAAUCGUGACCCUCCUCCCAUACUUCAUCGUGUACAAUGACACUAAGAAGCACCUCCGCUACAUGGAGGAGAACGAAGCGGCGGACCUCUGGAUGGACCUCGCGCCGCAGCAGUGUGUUCCCUUCUGGCCGCAGACUGACUCGCUAGCGAUGCACUGCAAGUAUCGGGAUUCGAUGCUCGUGUCGCAACACUUUCCGAUCGCGGAGAAUCACUUUACAGUAUUGAGGAUGGAUAAGGGGUCAGCAAUAUGCGUAGAAGUGACGGGCGGCACGGACCGGCCCUACACCAUCACCUUCAAGAACUACCGCGCCGGCGACGCACCUGUGCGCAUCGACAAUUUGUGCGAAGAUCUCUUCUUGAAGUUACAUCAGGCGGAUUCAGGUCAAGUGGCUCUACUAAGUCCGUACCAAUCAAUGCUGUACACUUGGGACGAUCCUUUAAAAGAGAGAAAUCUCCUUUGGAAUAUCUAUAAUAACAAGGGCAAAGGUUUCCCAGCGAAUUUCUCUCAAGACGGAUACGGUCAAGAAAAAGUAAGCUUCCACUCUGUUAAACAAUCCACACUCGUCGUGACAAACAGUGUGACGUCCAAACUAUCUUCAACGUUAAAGAGACUUACUCCAAAAUCCCCAGAACCAAUGUCAUCCAGCAGUGAUGACUCAGACGUUUCUGAGCAACCAGAAACUGCUCGCAAAACCAAGAAAAUGAGAAAGGACAAAGUCAUAGUUUACUGGAUAUCAUACAUGGAUGGUUAUCAAAGAGUAUUCGCGCUAACACAAGACGAAAGAAUAGCGUAUCAAUACAAAAUGAGCAUGUAUGCAGAGAAGAGCAACUACGAAAUCUACAUGGCCCUAUCUAGUAUUAGUCUAUCUGUCUGUGUGCAAACCGGCAACAGAGUCAAGGAAUUAUCAUAUAUCAGCGUAUCCGAUUCCUUGCCACGCUGGGAAGUCAAUGUCAGCAAUAAAUGGAAGCAGUUAGCACCAGACUUGACAGCCUGGAUCGAAGAUAACUAUCAAGCCGACAUGAAAAAGUGUCAGCUCAAAGAGUACAUCCACAUAGACCUGGAAAAGAUGCAAAUGACGAAGCCAUUCUUCUCUGAACUACGGAGGACGUACAACCCAGGUGUCUGGCUUCAAUUACGAAGAUCAGAAACGUUCACUUACUGUCAUUUGAAACUACAAAGACUCCAAAUAGAUAACCAGUUGCACGAAGCUGUGUUCCCGUGUGUACUGUACCCAGCACCUUUGCCCUCACAUUUGAAAUCGAGAAGAGAAAAACCAAGUGUAGAAAUUGAACUUCUCAAGCAAUAUAGGCCGUCUUUGAACCAAGAUAUUUAUAAAAACUUAAAGAUUGUGAUACAGGAAUAUUGUGUGAAUUUAGAUAGAGGUUUUGUUAAUCACGUGUUCGAUAUAUUGAAUCAUUGGAAGGUGGAUGAAAAGCCUGCUGUUAGAUUGCGAGCUGAUUUAGCUUUAGUGCAUAUGCCAUUGCCAGUGAUUGCUAUGAAGAGUCAAUCAAACGCUCAGAGGAAUGUUAUUUUUGAAUAUGUGCACUUGUCGCCCAUCAAGAUAGUGUUAAGUCUCUCAUCGAGGGGCUAUUCUGGUGAAGAUGCUGGGAGUCCGAGCAGGAAAUUUGGCGGGCAAAAGGAAAACCGACCGAAACUGUUCAAUAGUGACCUUUUGGAGUACUUGUUCAAUUCGUGGGGUUCGUCGUUGUGUGACAUGAAGGAUGUCGUGAUCAGAAUGAGCUACUUCGAGCUCCGCAACACCCCCCUCCCCAUCCCCUGUCUCCUGGACGCCGCCUCCCGCCACUACUGGCUUCAGCUGGUGCAGCAGUUCUACGUGCUUGUCCUCGGGCUGAAGAUACUGGGCAACCCGUACAGCUAUAUUGGGGACUUUACGAAAGCGCUGAGGCAGUUCUAUGAACCUUAUGUUGGCUUCUCCCGGCGAGCAUCAGCUAGCGACGCGGUGCUGAGCGGCGCGGCGCGGAUGCUGGCCAGCGAGCCGCAUGCUACCAGCACACCCCAUAAGAUAGCGAAAACGGCGCUAGGAAGUAGCGAGAUCAUCGACGAUCUACCGGAAGCUGUGAUAGAGGCGAACAGAACGAACCCGGCGAGCGUCGCACUAGCCGUCACCGGGAUUAUUGCAAGACCCACUUUUGACAUUUGCCGCGAAGUAUCCCGGCUCGCGCAGUACCGGCGCGCGGGCGCUGGCUGUGCGGAGGCCGCACUGCGCGCGUGUGCUGAGCGGUGUGGCGGGCUGGUUGCUAGGCGACGGUUGCCUAGAGACUGCUCUAGUGUUGAGGGUAUCCGCGCGUACAGUCCGUGGAGCGCGCGCGGCGCGGCGCUGCUCGCGCAGCUGUGCCGCGGGCACUACGCUGAUACGGACGGUUAUCUUGCGCACGCGCAUCUAUCACGGACCUCCACUGCUACUGUACUCGUUACUACGCAGCACGUGUUCGUGGUGCGGAGUGCGGGGCGCGGCGGGCGGUGGCGCGCGGAGUGGGCGGCGCCGCUGCACCGGCUGCUGGGCGCGCCCGCCGCCGCGCCGCCGCACCUCGUGCUCAGCGUGCGGCAGGAUGAACAAGUGAGCUACUUCUCGACGGACGAAAAAGCGAUAGAGAUUCAAGACCCAGAAGUACUGAGUUGGCUACGGAGCAAGAUUGAGUGUGCGCUCGUACAGGCUCUUGAGGAUACACGGUGUAAUGAAUAACGCAAUUACUUUUAGAAAAAAGAGGAGAUACUAUCUGCUUGAGACCUUUGUACAAGUGGGGGACAAAAUAAUUGUGCAUUAUUUCAUUUUGAUCCGUGAUGAUACACAAAAACUCAAAAUUCCAUCAAUGGUGUAGGAAUGUUUUAAGCUGAAAGCUAAAUUCAAAUAUUUAAUGGGAAAAUGUCAAUUUCAAUUCAAAACUCUUAUCAUUUUCGAGUCUUGUAGGAAAGUGCAUCGUUAUUUUGUCCCUUGUAAAAGUAUCUACUUACCUACUACAUACUUCAUAAUAUGAAUUAUUUAUCUAUUAUUUUAAGGUUGAGAGAUGUACAAUUUGUUAAGAAGAAUGAGAAUAUGGUAAUAAAAUUCCGCAAUGAAGUGGUACGUUUACUGAUUUAAUAUAAUACCUACCAUUCAAGUAAAUAGUUAUUGCAGAAGGCUUACGACUAUUAUUUUUUACACAUAGACAAAAUUUUUGUUCAAUCAUUAUCAUAUUUUUUUAUAUGCAGUAAAAAAUGUGAGGCUAAAAAUUCUGACUUGCUAACUAAAAAAAUUAUCUACGGAAAAAAAUUUAAGCUAAUUAAUUUAUAUCUUCGAUUUUCAAAAUUAAGGCUUUGAAGCGGAUAUCUGCGCUGGGCAUUGAAGCACAAAUGGACUCGUAAUCGUUUAUGGUUAUUUGAUGUUGACUGUAGUAACGUUUAGUUUUAAUAUUUGUGUAUUUAGAUGUAGGAGUUGUAUUUGUUAUAUUUUGUGCUAAGCACUGGAUUGGUCAGUGAACUGCGAUAAACUCUGGUAACUAAAAUAAAUUCUAGGCUAUGAUAAUAAGAAUAUUAUAGGGAAACCCCAAAAUUAUAUUUCU